AUGUCUGCUCAACCAUUCUUGAAUGCCAUUGCAACUCGACGAUCGCUGUAUGCAAUCACCGCCAAAUCGACCAUCACAGAUGCCCGCAUCGUCGAAAUAGUAAAGCACAGUGUAGCCCACGUGCCAACAUCCUUCAACAACCAGACCAACAGGGCUGUAGUCUUGUUCAAAAAGGAUUCUGAUCGUCUAUGGGACAUUGUACUAGCAACUCUCAAGCCCAUCGUACCAGCUGAUCAAUUCCCUGCUACCGAAGGCAAGAUCAAAAUGUUUAAAUCCGGUUAUGGUACCGUUUUAUUCUUUGUCGAUACCGAUGUGGUCACGGAGUACGAGACCAAGUUUGCUCUCUACAAGGAACGUUUUGCUCCAUGGUCUCAACAAUCAGCUGGAAUGGCUCAAUUCUCAACAUGGGUAGCUCUUGAAGCUGAAGGCCUUGGCGCUACUUUACAACAUUACAACCCUCUCAUUGAUGAACAAGUCAGGAAGGAAUGGAACUUGCCAGCCAACUGGAGUCUUGUAUCUCAAAUGCCAUUCGGUACUCCAUCCGCACCUGCCGGCGAGAAGGCAUUCAAGCCCAUUGACGAAGUUGUCAAAGUCUUUGGUGGUUCAUUAUAG